ACAGCAACAGGAAGGGCAGGGGGAGAAGAAAAGAGUGGCAGGCAGGACUUUUAAAAGUACACGAAAGUGGUCCUGACCCAGCCCGGGAUUGCCGAACCCUCCCCCCAAAGGCUUUGAAGAGACUGCAGCCCACAAAGAGUUAAAUUUCCUCUCGCAUCACCUCUCUGAGAAACUUUUCUUAAAAGGUUGUUCCUGUCCCCAGCCGGCCGAAAGAUCAGGACCGCCAUGGACGUCCAGUCAGAGACGGUCCCAGUACCCGAAACGCCGACAGAGCCCCUGGAGGCUCCUCCCAUGGAUUUGGGGGAGAACGCAACAGGGGCAGAAGAAACUCCACCUCACAACCUGGGAGAAGACGUUCACUUCAUCCCACCACAGCAGGCUGUUUCUGGCAAUGUGGAAUCCAGGCUGGGUGAUCCUGAGACACGGAAAGAUCCAGACAACAUGGAAGGGACCAGACGGCUUUCAGACCCUCAAAGCACCAGUCUGCAGGGAACUGCAGAAGAGGGCUCCAGGAAUGUGGAGGGAGCCGUGGGAGAACCUGUCAACACCGUGGCCUUGGAGCACGGCACACGCUGGGCCAGGAAUACGGGCGAGGACUUGGAGGAUGCGGGCAGGCCUGAGGCCCCGCCUGGUGCUGAUCAGCUCAUGGAUUUAGAGGGAGAGGAGAGAAGAGAUGGCCUGGAGGCCGACCAGAGCCUAUUGGCCCAGUUUCAAAGACUCAGCCCCAGUUUCCACGACGGCUCACCCAACGCAGAAGAUUAUUUCUCCCCUACCUUGGAUGGGGAAGAGGGCCAGGCUUUAGAGGACGAGAGAGGCCCGCUGCUCAGCCCUGAAUGCCAGGGGCUGCCGGGGGAAUGUGCCCCCUGCCCGCUGCACCUCGCCAUGAGGCGUGACUUGGGGGCGGCUUCCCACCGGUUCUUGCGAUCUGCCCGCGGGUGGAGGAGCCGGGGGAGCCGCAGGCUGCUUUCAGUGGAGGCCGACCAGGAGGACCUGCUGAGCCUCUUGCGCUAUGAAGGGGGGAGCGCCACCGAGCCGAGCGACCAGACCCUGCUGGCUUGCUCCGACGCGGUGGCAGGGACGAGCGGCCAGGUGGCCCAGGACAAAGAGAGCGCUAGUUCGCUGGAGACGCCGGCGUGGCUUGAGAGAUCUCCAGAACCCACGCUUCAGAGCUUCGACCAGCUGGGCAUGACAGAGCCCCAUCGGUGUUUUGCAAGAGGCGCUACUGGUGAAGAAGACCCCAAUAUCCCGGAUUCUAGCCUGAAGUCCAGCAGCCGUGAGAACUCCCUGGCGCCAAAAUGGAGAACAGUGGCGGGAGGCUCCAGCCACAGCGAAGAGCCACCUCCCCCUGCAGACGUGGCUAAUAAAGCUGAUCUGUCUUCUUUCCCGGCUUACAAGGAAGUACCAGGUCCCUGUGAGCCUGAGGAUCUACUAGAUGGAGUAAUCUUUGGGGCCAAGUACCUGGGCUCCACCCAGCUGAUCUCAGAGAGGACCCCCCCGACCAAUAUCCGAAUGGCUCAGGCACAGGAAGCUGUGGACAGGAUAAAGGUAAGGCCAGCGGAAGGGGAUAUCAUUAGGGGGCCAGAAUGGAAAUAUUGUUUGGUGGCUAAAAAGGAGUAUGAGCACGAAGCGCUUCGGAAGAAGUUCACGCAAGCUCAAGUCUACGACUCCGAGUCGGACCAGGACUACGGUUACGACUGGGGGCCAGCCACGGACCUGUGA